CCAGGUUGCGCAGGAAGCCCAGGUCGCCCAUGCUUGCAAUCAACAAAAAAACACGAGGCAUCGCCAUGGCGCGGCUGGCGUGGUGUCUUGCCCUGCAGGCCUGGGCGCAGGAUGAGUGCGCGGAGGAAGGCUGCGCGGCUUCCUGGCUACAGCGCCGCGCCCUGAAGGCCGAGGCCGAGCUCAACACCAGCACUGCGUGGGGCUGGAGCAGCGAGCCAGGACUAGGAGCCGAGGACUUGCAGGUGCCGCUGAACCAGUGCUUUCAGGACACUGGAGGCAGCUGCACGCUGUUCGGCUGCGACAAAUCUCGCGGCGAGGUGGUGUGCGAGAACAGGCGCUGCAAGUGCAAGCCGGGCUAUUGCAACCAGUACGGCACCUGCACCAAAGCUUCUGCGAAGCAAGAGUGCAUCCGCGUCACGGACCGGACCUGCCGCUUCUACGACUGCCCGGCUACCUUUGGCAAGAACUCCUGUGAGAACCGGCACUGCGUCUGCGCUGUGGGCCAUUGCGUGGUGGACGGCACUUGCCACCCGGAGGUGGGCGGGCUGCGGGCGAAGGUGGCGAAGGUGUCCGCGCAGCAGCCCAGGUUCCCUGGGGGCAGCGUGCGCUCCGCGCUGUGCUUCUCGGGCGGUGGCGCGCGAGCGCUGUCCUUCAGCCUGGGGGUGCUGCGGGGCUUGGAACUGUUGGGCCUCAUGAGGCACGUGGACGCCAUCAGCUCCGUCUCCGGUGGGUCCUGGGCAGCGUCAGUCUACAUGUUCUCGACGCUGCCGGUCUCGUACCUUUUGGGCGGCGCCAGCGACUUCGCGUCGCUCGACUUGGCGCGGCUGGACGCCACCCCGGCGCCGCUGGGCGCCGUGGCGGCUGUGGGCACCACCUCCAUCGCCGUGAAGCUCGUCAGCGAAGGAGUGGACGGCCAGGAGCUCUGGACGAACACGGUGUCCAAAGCGAUUUUGGAGCCCUUCGGGCUCCACGAUACUGACUCCUACAUGGCGGCGGAUCAGCACGCGGUCGAGGAGAUCAGGCGCCGCAACCCGCAGCUCCGCUCCGCGCGGUUCCUGACGCCGGCGCCGAACCGCCCCAAGACCUUCGUGAUGUCCGGAGCUUUGCUGGCGCCCACCGGCUACACGGCCACCAAGGAGAAUGUGGUGUCGCUGCAGAUGUCUCCGGACUUCAUUGGCUCCCCCUUCUACCCCAACGAUGGGCCGGUGCCGUAUGUGUCCCAAAAGCAGCGCUACAACGAGCCGCGGAAGGGCGUGGUUGGAGGCGGCUUCGUGGAGAGCUUUGCCUUUGGGGGCGGCGCGCCAGAGGACUUCCGCGGCUCCGAGGCGGAGCUCUUCCUCGCGGCGCCCAGGGAGCCCUUCAGCUUGUCCAAGGCAGUGGGAGUAAGCAGCGCUGGGGUGUCUGCUGCCGUGACCCAGAUUCCACUCCACGGCAGCGUGAACGUGGCGAACCUCAGCCCCAGGUCCGACUACUGGGCCAUCCCCUCCGAGCGCUUCGGGAAGGCAAGCGCAAGUACUUACAACUUGGGGGAUGGCGGAAACGUCGACAACAGCGGCGUGCUGGCAAUGCUGCAACGCAGGGCCAAGCGGGUGGUGUGGGUGAUCAACAGCGGGGUGACGUUGCCCGAGCCCGACAUGUGCGUGUUCUCGGAAGUGCCGGACGACGUGGUGAAGGGCAUGGAGAAUCAGCUCCGCGCGGCCUUCGGCUAUUGGGCUGAGGAUGACAUCGGGGAGUUCCUUACUCAGAACCAGGUCUUCGCGCGGGAGGAGCUACAGCCUUUGCUCUGCCAGCUGCAGACUUUGCAGCGGCAAGGCAGGCCCACGCUGGCGCAGCGUGACCUUCGCGUGCUGCCGAACCGUUGGUGGGGGAUUCCAGGAGGUGACCGAGUGCAGGUGGUGUUUGUGUACAUCGACAAGUGCAGCGGCUUCGAGCGCCAGCUGCCACAGGAGACCUUCGACGCGAUCCAGUCGGGCUCUGAUGGCUUCAAGCGCUUCCCCCACUUCCGCCCCGUGUCCGAGAACCACGGCAAGGGCACCGCCCUCACACACAAGCAGAUCAAUCUGCUUGCAGCCAUGGGCGAGUACUUCGUGCGUGAGAACGAGCAGCUUUUCCGCUCCUUCUUGCGGUGAUGGCCAGAUCAUGAGGCCACGGUGCGUGCGACUUCCGCAGCGGCUUGCGUAGGGGCUGAGAUCCCUUCCUUUGCCGGCAACCUCCCGCAGCGACUUUGGGUUGGCUCGGAACCGCAU